UUGCAGCAACGAAAGUAGUCAGCUGUAUUCCUCAACUUUUGGUGAGUUUAAAAACAGAUUCACACAAAACUGGAAAUGAAACAGAAGAAAAAAUGAAACAGUGUAACAUGAGUGCAACAAGAAACAUUGUGGCAAGAACUGAAGAGCUACUUUCAUUUUCAAAAAACCUGUUGAACUAUACUUCUGAGAGCAAAAGCAUUGAUGUGAAAAAACUUUAUGAUCAGAGAAGUAAAAUGGUAGAAACAAAUUGGACAAGGGAUAAGGGAUUCAGAAAACUGAAAUCACUUGUAGAGAAAGAAGAUGAUUGUGAAAUUAAAUCAUGCUUUAUUAAGUUAUGUAACAAAAGCAUUCAGAUCUGUGAUGAUUUGGAGAAGGCAGUGGUGCCAGGAAAGAUGGACGAACAAAAGUUAAAGAACUUACUAACCAAGAUUCAAAAGUUGAAUACAAAAACACAGGAAUUUCACAUCGCAAGUAGUCAACUAGCAAGUACUCCUGCAAUCAGUCCAAGUGCACCUCAUGUGUCGAAAACAUUUGCAGGAAUGGAUGAGUCUGGGAGCCUUGUGCAAUCAACCAUACAACUGAGUCAAAUGAAAAUCGCACAGAGCAAACAACAGCUCCAACAAAGCAGAGAAGAGUACCACAAAACCUUUGAGAAUCUAAAGAAAUGUAACCAAGAGUUUGAUGAAGUAUUGAUUGAAAUGAGAAAGCUUCAAGUGGACAAGGUAGACUUUGACACCACGAUUAACAUGCUUGUCAAAGGGCUGGAUGCAUUAGGUCGUGUGAGAGAGCAGUGGACCAAGAUGGUCCAGUUCUUCCAAAUGAUCACCAAUCUAAUUGAUACUUGUCUCAACCAAAACAUCUCUGAAUUUGUGGACAGCUGUGAAUCUGUCAGGUCUAUUCCCAACUACUGUCACUUGGAUUUUAUUAAAGAUAUGAUAUGUGGUCCAGCAUUCCAAGCAAGUAAUGUUGCUCACCUUGUUCACAUGAUCUCAGAAACAUAUGUCCAGGUCUCCCAUUUGUACCUCAUGGACAGAAUGAGCAGCCUGACCACUCUCAUGUCUCUUGAGCCAAAUGAUCCCAAAUUUGCCCAAAUCCGCAGAGAACUGGAAGCUGGUUGUAAAGAGGCACAGAGUGGCAUUCAAGAUCUUGUGGAGAAAAAACGUGAAGAAUUUGAUGCCAGUAUACAGAAGAGAGUUGAUGCCAUCAACAAAAACCUGGAGUCGGUGCUGCCUGCUCCUUCUGAAGAAACAUCUAAAGCCAUUGAGCAAUGUAUCCGAAAGAAUCCUGUGAUGGCCAUAAAGGAGCUGUCGGAGGAUGAUGCGGAUCAGUUUGCCUAAGCAAAUAAAAAUAACUCAAAUCCAAAUUAGAGAACCACAUCAAAGGGAAAUGUAUUAAAAACAUUUGUAG